AUGAGCACAGGCACCAACCACUUCUUGGAGGCUCUCGAAGGGCUUCGAAAGUCGUUCAAGCUUCCAGCCAUCGAAGGUGCCAUCGCUCUUAUCACUGCAGAAUCGGUUCAAGAUGCUUUUCGGCAGUAUCUCAACAGAUGUCUCAAAUCCACCAGCCUUAGCGCUUUAGCGCAACAACUGCCCGACUGGAUGACUGUUGAUCAGUACAUAUAUGCAGCGAGGCGGGAUCACCGAAACCCUGAACGAUACAUUGAGAAACAGUGUCUGCGUCAGCCCUAUGAGUCUUUUCCCAAUGCGGCACUAUUUAUCUUCAGGUUCAUGCGGUUCUUGAAAUCUUCUGGUCGACAGUUUGAUGGACCGGAACUCAAGUGGGAGCAGACGUACGAUCGCGAUUUCAGUCGGUGCAAAAGGGGCCUGGUGUUGCUGGACUUCUUACUGCAGCAAGAAGAAAUCCGUAGGCAGUGCCGGAGCAUCUACAUGAUCUAUGACCAUGACCACAUCAAGUCGGCCAACGUCGCUCAAGGCCGGACACGUGUUCCACAAGGUCGCCGAGAUGCUCGACGAGCGCCUCAGCACGGGUAUCGUUCCGAUACUAAGUGCGGCAACACUACAGUUAUGUGCCAGAACAAGUACCUUGCGCCUAUUGGUGACAAUACAAAUGCCAUCAACUUCUACAACCGCUUCUUCGACACCGAGGUUGGGAUCUUACCCACACAAGAUACACCGGACAACUGCGAUUAUAUCGAUCUUCGCGCGGCGCAAAUCUCGCGAUCAGUGCCAUUUGACGAUGGUUUCGAGGAGUCGAAUAUUAUAAAAUAA